GCCUGGGUCUCUCUGCUCCCAACCGGAGUACCCGAAGCAGGCUUUGGUUUCAUGUCAGCAGCCUUCAUCUGCCUUCCAAAAAUAAGCCCCUGCCGCCAUGCCGAGGGGAGGAAAACAAGAAGGGCGGUAUUUUUAGGGCCAUUAAUUCUGACCACGUGCCUGAGAGGCAAGGUGGAUGGCCCUGGGACAGAGGCUGUUCAUCACUAUGUGCCGGGGGGCAGGAUGUCUUCAGGGCACACUGCGGGCCCUCAUCUUCCUAGGCGUCCUACUGGGCAUGGUGGUGCCCUCGCCUGCAGGCGGCCGCGCCAACAGCACACUGCUGGACUCGAGGGGCUGGGGCACCCUGCUGUCCAGGGCACGCACUGGGCUCACUGGAGAGAUGGCCGGGGUGAGCUGGGAGAGUGGCUAUCUGGUGGGAAUCAAGCGGCAGCGGAGGCUCUACUGCAACGUGGGCAUUGGCUUUCACCUCCAGGUGCCUCCCGACGGCCGGAUCAGCGGGACCCACGAGGAGAACCCCUACAGCCUGCUGGAGAUCUCCACAGUGGAGCGAGGUGUGGUGAGUCUCUUUGGAGUGAAAAGUGCCCUCUUCGUUGCCAUGAACAGUAAAGGAAGAUUAUACACCACGCCCAGCUUCCAAGAGGAAUGCAAGUUCAGAGAAACCCUCCUGCCCAACAAUUACAACGCCUACGAGUCAGACCUUUACCGAGGGACUUACAUCGCUCUAAGCAAAUACGGACGGGUCAAGCGGGGCAGCAAGGUAUCCCCGAUCAUGACCGUCACUCACUUCCUCCCCAGGAUAUAAGGACGCUGAAAGAAGGCUCACAUAUCUUUUCUAUCGGAAUUUUGCACAAGUGAACAGUCCCCCCUGCCUCCCAUGACUCCUGAGUCAGGCUUCUCUUAUGGCUGGGGAGACCUGAGUUGGUUCUCUUAGCCACCAGACCCUAUGGCAUGUAAUCCAGCCACAGGAGGGCUUGCAGCCAACAUCCUAAAAUGGCAACGGAUCCCAUGCUCUGACCUCACCUGAGGAAUGAAGGUGCAGAUGACAUGUGUGGAAUGUGUCCACGUGCCCAGGUAAAGGCCAGGUGGAAGUCUGUGUGUGCUGGUGCGUAUCCAUACCUCUUUGUAUAUAUUGUCAGUGCAAAGGCAUUUCAGAGCGUCAGGUUUCUUUCUCCCAGCAUCACUGCUGCAGGAAUCCGUUACUUGUCACUUGUCAAAUGAGCAGGAGCGAUGUGCACUCCCAUUAUGCCUCUUUCCAAACAUCUUUCCAUUCAGAGGCCACUGACUGCACAAGUUGUGUGGCUGGUGGGGAGCAGCUGUCCUCUAAGGGCCAGGAGGGCAGGGCGAGAGGAAGAUCUAGCUGCCAAUCAGAAAGAAACUGAGCAGGCACUGCAAACUUCCCUCCCGAGAGGGCGCUGGGGACUCUGGGGCAGACUGUCAGGGACAGUGGGGGAGAAGGGACCGCAUUCGUGGAGGGAGGGGACAGGCCACACUUGAGGCAGCUGGGGAAGGCUGCUGGAGGCAGCAGAUGGGAAUGGAUGUCCCAGGCAGUGCCGUUGAGCCUGAAGCGUCCAGUGCUGUGUGUGGCUCCAAGAGCAAGUGGGGUUCUUGCCUGCUCAUAACGUUUCCUCCCUUUGAACUGGGUCUUAUUUUAACCUCCGAUGACAAGGAUCCUAAUAAUGGCAACCUCUUUGGCGAGGGGUGAGGGGUUGCAAAGUAGGGCAUGGAGGAAGUGACAGGCUUUGGACCGCAGAUGAUAAUUCCUCUCCAGCUAUGUCCAGGAAACUCACCCAAGUCCUCAUCUGAUACUCUCACUUCCUUCUUGGCCACCCUCAUCUCACAUACACACUGGUGCUUGGAUGCAAUAGAAUGGGUACCAUGACCCCCAGAGUUGGCCCCCUCUGCCCCUCCUGCAGCAGAAGAGUGAUAAUCCUGUGAAACAAAGCAGCCAAG